AUGCCCCAUAAAGGCCACAGCGGCAUCAACCAGCUGGGCGGGGUGUACGUGAACGGGCGUCCCCUGCCGGACUCCACUCGCCAGAAGAUUGUUGAACUGGCGCACAGUGGGGCCCGGCCUUGCGACAUCUCCCGGAUCCUGCAAGUCUCCAACGGUUGCGUCUCCAAAAUCCUGGGCCGGUACUACGAAACGGGCUCCAUCAAGCCCCGGGCCAUCGGGGGCAGCAAGCCCCGGGUGGCCACGCCCCACGUCGUCAACAAAAUCUCCGAGUACAAGCGAGAAUGUCCCUCCAUAUUCGCCUGGGAGAUCAGGGACAGGUUGCUCUCCGAGGGCGUCUGCAACAACGACAACAUUCCCAGCGUGUCUUCUAUAAACAGGGUACUACGCAACUUGGCCGCCCAGAAAGAACAGCAGCAGCAACACCCCCACGCCCACCAACUGUCCGUGCCGGGCGCAGAACUGGUGUACGACAAGCUGCGGAUCCUGAACGGGGCGCAGCCCUGGCCCUGGUAUCACGCAGGGGCGGCAACGCACCUGCAGCACGCCGCCGCCCCGCCCGGCGGACUCUCGGCGGCUGCGGCGGCGGCGGUUGGGGGCCUUGUCUCUUCGGGGGUUUCUCCCCCGGUGGGAUUGGGGGUGUGCAACGGACAACUCAAUGGGGUGGAUACAGCCACGAAGAAGAGUGGUAACGAGGCGACUUCUGACGGCAAUUCGGAGAACAAUUCUUCGGCGGACGAGGAUUCCCAGAUGCGCAUGCGUCUGAAACGUAAGCUGCAACGCAAUAGAACCUCGUUUGCCAAUGAGCAGAUCGAGGCCCUUGAAAAAGAAUUUGAGAGAACUCAUUACCCAGACGUCUUUGCACGGGAGAGGCUAGCUGAGAAAAUCGCCCUUCCGGAAGCGAGGAUACAGGUAUGGUUUUCUAACCGUCGAGCCAAAUGGAGGAGAGAAGAUAAACUCCGCAAUCCGCGCCGAUCAUCUGACCCCGUGGGAUCGACAGGGGUGGCCGCUCCUACAGCAGGAAGAAUACCCCUCAACGGAUCUUUUGCCAAUUCUAUGUAUCCCUCUCUAGGGCAGCCGAUGGGAGCAAUGGCCGAUUCUUACAGCAUGGCUCCAGUUUCUGGCAUGACUCCCAACUCCUGUCUCCAGCAGCGAGAUCCCGGCGCAUACUCGUACAUGCUGCAUGACACGCUCAGUCUUGGUGCCUACUCCAGAGCCAGUUGCACCCCUGCUCAGCCAAUCAACACGCACCCCUCCUAUGCGGUCAGCGGAGCCAGCCCGCACAGCGCAGGUGUCAUUUCUCCGGGUGUCACAGUGCCUGUACAAGUGCCCGGACAGACUCCAGAUAUCUCUAGUGUCACGAGUAACUACUGGCCUCGCAUCCAGUGA